UGUCGUGCCUCGGAAUGUUUAUAAGUGUGGUAUUGUAGUCGCGAUUGCAAAUCUUGUGCACAUGUAAGCUAAGCAACGCAUGUGCGCACGAGCGAAACGAAAAUAAGUCUAAUCACUACAGGCCGGGAAAAUCAACACACUGCUAGUGAAAUUUACACACAAGGCAAAAUCCACAAAACAGAAUUCGCUAUUUGUUAGAAAAGGCAAAGAGCCGCUCUACUUUUAUACUUAACAAUAACAAACUUUAACUCAGAAUUCUCAGUAUUUUCUCCGCCAAAUGCUUAGAAGCUCUCUAUUUUAUUCUAUCGCGAAAAGUUUACAACUAAAAUAUUAAAUUUGUGCUUUGUCUGUAGACGACAAAAAUAAAUUCAAGCAUUUUAGACGUUGGCCGCAUUCUAAUACGUGUCUCAUAUUUGUUUUAUGCUUUGCGCUGAUUUAAAUUGAGCUGAUUUAAAGAUUUUUUGAGCAUUUUAAAUUUUUGAAACAAAAUACGCAUCUAUCAUUAUUUACAUGCGUAAGUUCAGUACAUGCGCGCGUCUCUCUGUUCUAAAAAUUUGUUUAAAUUAAAAAGUUGUUUAGAUAAAUUCUCAAAAAAUUACUGAUUCUUGAUUUAAUAUUCUACUCGAGUUACGAUAUGAUCUUAUCUGUGGUAGUUCUACAUGAUUAUGCCAUUAUGCAUCAUUACGCCAUCGAUUUGUUGAAGCAUUACUUGGUGCGUGUUUGAUUCAGGUCCCUGGAUUUUAUUUAGUGCAAUUAUCAAUCUUACCAUUAUACCCAUUGAUCUUUCCAAUUAGUCAGCACAGCUGUGCAAUUAAAGUCAUUGCAUGGACCAGCAGCGAUUUGAGCAUGGUGCGAAGUUGAGUGGCAAAAUAUAUCAUAAAAUUUGGUUCAUGCUUUUGAAAUGACAGUAUCUCUACUUAUGAGCUUGGGUGAUGUUUGCUCGCCGUCUCAGAUAUAGCUCCUGCCUGACUCAAUUUUAGCACCCAAACUUCACCAUCGACUUAUGAUCGGCUCAUACACAAUAUUAAACGUGCUUGAAUAUCCAUCAUUUAAACCGAUUAGUAAAAGUGAGCAUUUAAACAAACCAGCUCCUAAUUGUACCAUGUCCAUGUUCGAAGCAUCGAUAGUAGCACAUAAAUAUCGAUAUCACGAAGAAACUUGCAAAUGAAAACCUCAAACUCAACUACGAAUUUUGCAGCAGUCUUAUUUCGAUAUUUUGAAUAUUCUCUCGAAAUCCAGGGGUAGAGACGAAAUUACUUCUCAGAAAUUAUUGCAGCCAAUCAUCUGCAGCUGGCGUUUGUGGUCUGUCUCUCUGUUGGCCUGAAUUGACCUUUGACCUUUUAAGAAUUGUGACCUUUUGAGGUGCAGAUUGUGCGUCCCUAUGUUGCUGACCAUGUCCGACGACCGGGUAGUUCUCAAAGAGGGCGCUGUCAAGUUCAAGGAGGGCAAAAAAUGGAAGAACAGAUGGGCAGUACUCUCCAGACAGUCUCCUGUGGCAGACAAGUGUACGAUGGACUUCAAGAAACAGCCGAAGCACGAGAAGAAAGGAGAGCCAAUCACAACGGAGACAGUGAAAAAGAGUUUCCUAUUGGAGAACUACGUUGGCAUCCUUACUGGCCAGGAGAUAGAUGGGAUCCAAUAUACUCUGGUGAUAGUUCUGAUGAAACACCUUAUCACUCUUGGGUUCACUACCAAAUACACCAUGAGGGACUGGGAGUUGAAGAUCAGACAAGUGUUCGGAGAAGAAGAACAAUUCAUUGUCAAGAUCCCCAACAAACCCUUCUUGAUGAAGAUGAAACCCUCGGAAAGAAAGAUGGGCUGUGGAAUUACUGCCAACCUAUGUCUAACGGCCACUCAAUUCGCCCUUACAACUAUGAAACCCCCGAUUAAGAAACUUGGCGUGUGGAAUCUUUCCGAAGUAUAUGCAUAUGGUGCAGUAGAUGGGGGUUUUGGGUUCGAGUGCUACCAAAAGGGGCGCAAGACUUUCUUCCGGCUUGAAACAUCAGACGGAACUGCGAUUCAAAACGCGUUCGACGUACAAACAGGCGCUGAUACUGAGUUCACGAGAAGCCGAUUUGCACCAGCGCACAUGCAGUUCAACUCUAACGGCGGAGAUAGCAGCAGUUUUACAGUGCAGCCAGAACAACACCCCGCAGUGUCCAACAUGUUCCCGAUGGGAGGCCUGGGGGGACUAGGACGGCCCUCGAACCCUAACUUCUACUCUGGCUCUAUAUCCACGGCACCUUCGCUCGUGGCCCAGCACAGACCCACCCCUUCAAUAGGAGUGGGUGGGACUAUGAAUGGUCCUAAACCCUUCCAGCCGCCCUUCAACUUCAAGCAGUCGACCCCACCCCGAGGUGGCUAUCAGGGGGACAUAAUGGCCACACCUGCGGGUUGGUCACCCAACAUCACGACCUCGUCCAAUUGUGGUCAGAACAUCCCCCCGUCCAGUGGCGGAGGGGUGGGCAGAAAAGCCCAUAAGGAGAUGUAUGCGCCCAAGCCAUCAUGCUCCGAUGAUCAUUCUCCCCCAAUGAGGAGAGAUGACGACGAUGAAGAGGAAGGGGGAAGGGAGAUGUCUUCACGUGAUCACCGGAACGGAUCACUCUCCUAUUCGCAUUCUCCAUCUUCUUCGUAUAUAAAUCAGCAAAUUCAAUCCCCAGAAAGUAUGCUGGACCAUCACUCGUCCCUAUUGCAACCAGCCGCCAGUUACACCCUACAGCAACGACAACAUCAGCACCGCCUCCAAAACGACAUUCAACAAGACACAUACAAACACUCCGCCACAAUGACACCCCCUAGGCGACCCUCAAUGGGCGCUGGAAACGGGGGAGGAGACUACGCAGAUCUCCAAUUCCCCAAUCCUCCUCCGCCCAUUUCAAAGCGACAGCACGGAGGCAGUCGCGGCCUGAACAAGUCGGGAUCUCCGGCACCGGAGGUACCAGUACGACACACUCCUAGGAUUUCAGUGUCGCCUACUAAAAGUCAAAUUACAGAGUGUAUUCGCACGCGACUGGCCGCUUCGUGGCAAAAGUGUGAUUGUGGAACGUACCUUAACCGCAGUUGUCCCAACCUGGCACGAGAAUCAUGCAAGCAGCGCAAGUGCAUAAAGCGAGUCAACGCCAAGAGGAUGCCAGUUCAGGUAGGCACAGGAGGAGACGGCAGCCGACUGGACUCAAUAGAUGCGUUGUCGAUGCGUGCCGAGGGUACUCUAGCUAGUCGCGGCGCGCACUUCUCGGCUUACAAGAGGUGGGGAAGUGACCAGCACGUGCAGUAUCUGGACACAUAUGAGAGCCAGUUUGAAGAAGCUCUGGAGUUGUGUGGAUGUGAUAUCGACCAGGCAUUCAGUCAGCAAGAUCCAGCCGACGGUCAAGUGUUCAAUCUUCACCUCCUAACAGAACUUCGCAAGUCCAUCCGAGAACGAAACUCGGUUGCAUCGGGAUCCAACAUGCCCCUUCACUCGAAGACUAGCAGAAACAACUCGGGAACUAUAACUGCAGACUCAAGUACUACUCCCUCUACUAGCAAACAUAGCACUCCGCUUCAUGUCAGCAAAAAGACGUCAAACCCAAAUUACUACCGACCUCAAGAACCGAACAUAGCAGGGGAACUGGAUGAAAUGAUUUCACUUCACGGAGAAGCUUUCAGAAAUGGACCUGUUUAUGUUAAUAUUCAUUGGGCAAAUACUCAUCACCCCGAAACGACCCCUCAGCACACCCAAUUUUCAUCGUCCGCAAGCGAGCCCCGACUCUCCGACUGCUCGUCGCCGAACGAAGUGAAUCCGAAUCACCCGAUGAAUCACCUUCGGUCAUCGGGUCAGCCAUCGUCGAUUCCGAGACGAUCGAAGACUAGUAACGCAAGUAGCAGUAAUAACAGCAAUCAGUUCGAGACACACUCCCAACCUAAUACCCUGCACAGCAGUCGGGCACAGCAUGGCUCAGUUGAAAACAACAACAACAAUUCAGACCAUCACUACUCGCAAAUAGACAAAAUCAGACAGAGUUUAAUAUCAGAAGAAAUCAGACCCUCAAUGAACAGCAGUGAAGCCGACAGUCUCCAUAACGAGUUCAACGCCAACAGUGGUUCGAGAAGAAACGCACACAACCGCCAGCGAACCCCACAACACAGCUCCACGGGUGCCUCCCCCUCCCCCACCUCGACCCAGACUAAGGUGGUACAAAACGGAAACUACCAAAAACUGAUUUCAAAUUCGACCACAGCCGACGCCAAGUUAUCCCGGGCUAAUGUAGACUUACUUCCGGCGCCCAGUUUUACCCCGAGCACUACUGUUAACAAUAGUGGUAGUUACCAAAGAAGAAAGAAAACAACGUCUAACAGUGAUAAUGUUCUUCCGUCAACCGACUCUUCUUUACCAUACAAAGGUGCCAGCUAUGGCUCACGGGAUGUUUCGCCAGACCCUGAUCAACUUUCAUUGGACGGAUCACGCGACGAGGUCUUUGUCGACGACGUCGACUACGCAGGAGGAAAUAAUUGUGUUGGUAUGGCUCGUGAAAUUGAAGCAAAAGUUCAUAUACGUAACGGCUCCACUUUGUCUUAUGAAGACGAAAUUAACUCACAUGCUCAAGGAUACGGACAGAAAGAAUCGUUUGCGCACAGGUUGAGGAAAAAGUCUUCAAGCAAAACUACUGACCGGCCUCGCAAUGGCAAAGACUACGGAGUUCCUCGAAAUCUGGGACACCGUAAUCUCACCACUGAUUCGAUAGGUUGCUACUCAAGUAUAAACUACGGACCGUACGACAACGCAAAACAGCCUCGAAGAAACAGCGUGAAACAUGAGUAUGUAAACGUAGAAUGCAUUGAUAACAUAUUCCAAGUCAAGCGAGAGGCUAAUCUUCCAAGUUCGUGCGAUAGUAUCUCUGCUCUCGGAACCCGUGACUCAUUUUCCCCGACGAAAGCCGACUUUGGGUUCCGAAAGGCGCCUUAUGAGAAUGUAGUUGCGGUGCACGGAGGACAGUUUAGACAGCAGAAGCCUCCAAAUCCCAACGAUUCUAUAUAUCACAGCAUUAGCUACACAGGUGCCAAACGGCGUACCGAAACCAACUCAAACCGAUCGGGUCGAAGCGAUGAGUUUGUGGUCGCGCAACCACAGCAAGGCAAAGUCCACUUGAACUAUAUAGACUUUUCGCCCGCUUCAGAUGCCGCAGCGCAAGUUGCUAGGCAGCAAGCAAUUAACCGGUCCCUAGAAAAGAAAAAUCCAGGGUGCUCGAAUCGAAGUCCCUCGGGAACCGUAAAACCGAACGGGACACGAGUGCAGCCAACAGUGCAGUACUGUGCGAUUGACGUUGAGUCGACAAAUAUUCUUCACAAGUGUUACGAUGAGCACAUAAAAGGGAGAAAAGAAAUCUAUGACAGGAACCACCAAAGGCCCCCCGUUGCCAACAGUACCUAUAAAUCAGUGGAGAACCGACAUCAUUCUAAUUCGUCCGCGGGAUCUGGGGGAAGUUUACCGCGUCCCGGUUACAGAUAAAGUCAUUUGAAAAUGGAGGAAGAAAAUCCUCAGAAAACAUUUUCAGUGUCAGAGACCAGGCAGCCGCGAAUUUAAGAUUCAGGAGAGUUUUAGGCAGAAAAGAAUUUUGCCCAAGACGUUUUUUGAAGUAAAACUUUUAUGAAAAAGACUAAAACAGAGUAAAGUGAAAUUUGUAGAAUGAAAAUAAAACUCAAUUCAGUUUAUUUUGUGUUAUUUCUCGUAGACAUUAACGUUUUAAAGUAAUACUUGGUUUCGAGAUCUUAAUUGUUGUCGUUUUUAUAUAGCGAAUUCCAAA